GCAAGAGUCCCCGGCUGGUCAAUUCAACAAAUGAUUCGUUUAACCUUGAUUAAUGUCUUUUUUUUCUCAAAGGAAGGGUUUUUGUAUUAAUUCAUAUGCCACCGAAUGAGUAACGAUUGGCAUAUUCGAUAUAAGUUUUUUCCAUCUUUUUAUUGGUAUCAUUAAUCCGUGACCAUUUUUAAAAUAUUCUGUUUGAAUACAGUCACGUACAGGCAUUAACAUAAGCAACGUCUUGGUAGGAUAGCAACUACACAGCAAAUUAGAGGAUGCAGAUUUUCAUUUUGCUUUUCAUCCUCUUAUUUGCAUUGCCAAUCUCUUGGAUGCUUAUCACGUCCAUGCAUAUAGUUGUAUACCGAUUGGCUUCAAUUACCUGUUGUAUUUUGGACGAGAAUGUGCUCGACAGUUUACAAAAUCACGUUGCUCCUUGACAAUCAAAUUUUUAAAAUCUAAGGCAUAGCUGGAAGCGUGGACCUUCUUUGCCUCAUUAGAAUAUUAUCCCCAGUUGGAUCCCACGGGAUAAACGGUGGAUGCGGAGAUUUGGCUUGGAUCGAUGCAACAUACGUAGACCAAAACUAUGUAGCCUAUUGGGGUGGAUUCCCUUCAGAAAACACUGAAUCCGGAUAUCCUGUCCGUUCCAAUACCUUUGGAUAGACUCUAUAUAAGAGGCUGAUUGUCAACAAAGUUACAAGUGGCCUUUUUCAUAACGUCUUCUCGAUCGAAGAGCUAUUCUCGUUCGAUUCAUACCCGGGUACAGUUGAUCGGACCCAAGUAUCUCAGUUAAAUUGCCAGUAAAAAGAAACGGAAGCGUCCCAGAAAUUGUGCACACAACUUCACGAUACGACUGUGAGAGCCGCACUCCACGAAUGGAUAGACCCUACUCAUUGGACUUCAGAUUUUGCAGACCUGUUCGUUCUUUUAAAAAGAAACGUAAAUGUUACAUUCUUUUGAUUUUUGAUUUUCGAUAGAAAUGAAACUGUCGGCCUUGAUUGGCAUUUGAUGAAGAAGAUAAAAGGGCAAUGGGUAAAGAUUUCCUUCCUGAAGAGGCCAUAUGUCUGUGAAAAAACAAGUCCUGCAAGAAAAAUGAUGGAAGUGCCAGCAAAUUCGGAUUUUUUAUCAACAACUUGUACACAAGGCCACUAAUCAUUGAUUUGUUACGAAUAUGAAUCCAGAUCUUAAACUGACUACACUUGAAAUUUAUUUGCAUAAAAUGCAUGAACAAAAAAGUUUUCAAUGAAGUCAAUUUAUCUGCGUAAUCCAAAUCAAACAUUUGUCCCUUGUACUUCAUUGUUCAUAAAUCUGUUUGGAAAGAUUUACCAUUUCAAGGAUCGCGAUUUGCCCCAAGGCAAUAAAUUACAUGUUUGACCAGUCCCUUUGAAACUUGUACACACAUUAAAAUGAAGAAAGCCAACGAAAACAUGUCGAGCCAGUUUUGUUCUUUUUGGUUGUCUGCUGCUUCUAUCAACCUGAAAAAGGGGAUUCAGAACCAGAUUAUUUGGAAAUCUAUGUUUCGACGCUGAUUCCAGAGAUUUUCGGCAAUCUCAGCUUGUGGGCAUCGUUUCCUGCUUUUCUCCUCUACUAUUUGUUAUAUAGUUCGUUCGAAAUGAACGAUCCGGAAGGCUUCAUCACCGACGCCGAGACCAUUUUAACCGAAUAUGAUUUCAUCGUCAUUGGAGCCGGAUCGGCUGGAGCUGUUGUGGCCAACAGGCUUACUGAGAUAUCAAACUGGAACGUGCUGUUACUGGAAGCUGGCGGUGAUGAAGGAAUGAUUACGGAUAUUCCAGGAGCUGUGCAACUCCUUCAGCGCACCAGCAUCGACUGGAAGUACCGAACGGUGGCACAAACAGGGGCGUGUCUUGGGUUCAACGACAACAAGUCCAACUGGCCUCGCGGCAAAAUCCUCGGUGGCUCGUCCGUCCUCAAUUACAUGUUGUACGUCAGAGGAAACAAAAGAGAUUACGACGAUUGGGAAGCUAAGGGCAAUACUGGAUGGUCCUACGAUGAUGUCCUACCUUAUUUUAUUAAAUCAGAAGACAAUCGCAAUCCUUACAUCGCGGCCAAUACGAAAUAUCACGGAACAGGAGGAUAUUUAACCGUCCAGGAACCGGCGUGGACAACUCCGCUUGCAGCCGCUUUUGUCGAAGCUGGUGUUGAAAUGGGCUACGAAAAUAAUGACGGCAAUGCUGCCAAGCAAACAGGUUUUAUGUUGGCCCAGGCAACCAAUAGGAGAGGACGCAGAUGUUCAACGGCCAAAGCUUUUUUGCGGCCCAUUCGCAAUCGUCAAAACUUGCACAUUUCAAUGCACUCUCACGUCCACAAGAUCAUCAUUGAUCCUGUAACUAAACAGGCGACGGCUGUCCGUUUCGAGAAGAAAGGACAAAUUUACCAAGUCAAUGCCAAGAAGGAGAUUAUCGUGUCAGCGGGAUCGGUUAACAGCCCUCAACUAUUGAUGUUGAGCGGAGUAGGUCCAGCCACUCAUCUCCAAUCGUUUGGUAUUCCGGUGAUUGAAGAUCUUCCAGUUGGCGAUAAUCUUCAAGAUCACAUUUCCCUCGGUGGCAUGGUGUUCACCGUUAAUAAGCCUUUCGGUUCGACAGAAGCGCGAUAUUAUACUUUGCCCGCGUUGCUCAACUAUACGAUGAAUUCAGCAGGUCCAUUAGCCUCACUGGGUGGGUGUGAGGGUUUGGCUUGGGUCAAUACAAAGUACGCGGAUCCGUCCGGAGACUUCCCAGAUAUCGAAUUCCACUUUGUUUCUGGAACACCAGCGUCUGACAGUGGGCGAUCUAUUCGUUUCAACAACGGCGUCAGAGAUGAUAUCUGGGAAAAAUAUUACAAGCCGGUAAUGGACAAGGACAUGUGGCAAGUGAUCCCCAUGUUACUUCGUCCAGAAUCGACUGGAACUAUCCGGCUGGCUUCGUCCGAUCCGUACACGGCUCCGCUGAUCGAUCCGAAAUAUUUCAGUAAAAUACAGGAUCUCAAUGUGCUCAUUGAAGGAACGAAAAUUGGUUUAGCUCUCAGUAAAACGGAAGCUUUCCAAAAACUUGGAAGUAAAUUUUACGACGCCAUCUUCCCCGGUUGUGAGCAGUUCACUCCGUGGACGGAUGAUUACUGGGGCUGUUUCAUCCGCCAUUACUCUCAGACACUUUAUCAUCCAGCUGGCACCUGCAAAAUGGGCCCGUCUACGGAUCCAACAGCCGUCGUUGAUCCGCAAUUGAAAGUUUACGGAAUUCAAGGAUUGAGGGUGGUCGAUUGUUCCAUCAUGCCCAACGUCGUGUCCGGCAACACUAACGCGCCAACAAUUAUGAUAGGAGAAAAAGCAUCGGAUAUGAUAAAAGCAGACUGGCUCGUCACCAAGUGAAAAUAUUGGAACAGGUUAUUGUUACACUUAUACGCUCAAGAAUGUGAUGAAAAACGUGAUCGAAUUCACCGUCGAGAGAAAAUGAAGUACCAUGGACUUUCAUGAGCCAAAUUCUUCAAAAAUUUGCAUGCUCGGUCAACGAUAUGAUGUCACUGUCCUGGAUAACAAGCCAAAAUCCACGUUUUUAAUCUGUACAAUUAUUUAUCUACACGCGCGCAAUUGCAGAACGCGCAAACACUAAUAAUGUUGAAUCAUCUCUAAUUAUAAUUCGUCUGAUUUCCUGUGAACGCUUUGUCAAGUGGAAAGCCAUUUCCCUCAGAGUCCCGUUUCAUUUCAGAAAUGUUGAAAUAAACGCAAAAAUAACUAAA